CGAUGCACUUCAGUGAAGGAAAGAUAAACAUGCUAUCAUUUCUUUCUUCCCCGUGUGAGCAACGUGUCAAAUAACUUGGGUGUAACUGUGUAGUGCCACGGCGUCCAGUAAAUUUGAUGGUGGUUGCGUUGGAAGAUGGCAACGCGGCACUUGCGGCGAAUUCAGGAGCAGGCCAGCAAACACAGCAGCCAGGAGGCCAAACUUGGCGAGUUAGAGGAGGAGGAUGACGUGGUUCCUGUGGAGACCAAAAAGGUUCCCUUCAAUCCUUUCGAUUUGUUGAGCGAUGAGGAGGACCACGGGGGCGGGUCCGACCCCGACGACCGGUCAGGAGGUGCUGCUGAAGGGGGGGAAACGGAACCGACGGCUGGCGGCGAUACCGGUGCGGCGAAGCAGCGGCAGCAGGAAGCUAAAGCGAAACCGAAAGUGGCCAGCAAGCCUAAGGCGGUAGCCAAAAAGCAGAAGAAGGGGGGGAAAGGCAACAAACACGCAGACACGGAGGGCGGGGAUUCCCCAAAACCCCCAAAGGGCAAAUCGACGGCAGUGGCCGGGAACCUCGAGGAAGACAUUGAAGCAAUCGUUCGGGAGCUCAACCUGGCGACGGGGCUCCCGUCAGCUGCUGCUGCUGCCGGACGCGAGGCCUGCAGCAGCAGUGCGGCCUCUGCAAGCCCUCCCAGGGCAUUUGGUGCUACUGCUGCUGGGGCCCGUCUGCUGGGGCAGCCGUCCGUCUUGUGCGUGGAUGUCAAGGGCCUGCGUGGCGAUGAGGAGGCCAGCUACGAUCCGGCAACCAUCGCGGCGCUCCUGCAGCAGGCGCCGUACCACGUGGACUCACUGCUAGCCAUGCACGACCUUUACCGCCACAUGGGCGAGAACUCCUAUGCAGAGGAGAUGCUGGAAAGGGCUUUGUGGAUGUUGGAGUCCGCCUGGCACCCCUCCUUUCAGCCCGCCACCGCCUCAUGCCGUCUGGACUACUCAGUGGAGGAAAAUAGGGCGUUGUUUGGGGCGCUGUUUCGCCACGUGCAGGCUCUCAGCCGGCGGGGCUGUCACCGUGCCGCCCUGGAGUGCUGCAAGCUGCUGCUGGUGCUGGAGCCCGAGGACCCCCUAGGGGCGCUGUGCCUUAUAGACUACCUAGCCGUGCGGGCGGGAAGGUACGACUGGCUGCAGCGGUUCGUACUGCAGUUUGAGGGCAACCGGUCACUUGCGCUGCUGCCCAACUACACCUUUGCGCUGCCCAUGGCGGCGCACCGUGCAGAGCAACAGCAGGGGCAGGGACAGCAGCCUGGGAGCUCGUCGGCGGCUGCGGAGCGAGCGCAGCCAGGCGCAAGCAGCAGCAGUAGCAAUAACAGCAACGGUACCAGCACCACAGCUGCGGGCGCAUCUCCGCAUGAGUUGUUGGUUGGGGCUCUGCUGCUGCAUCCGCUGGUGCUGCCCCGGCUGGUCGCCAAGCUGCAGGACAAGGGCGCUGCCAAGGAGCCGCACUGGAAGGAGUUGUUAUCCCGUAGGUUGUUCAGUGGAGCCUCAGAUGGCGGCAGCACCUCCCUGUCCCAUCUGGUGGGGCUGUACGUGGAGCGCAGUGGUGAGCUGUGGAAGCCUCCCGACCUGUUGGCCCUGCUGAGAAGGGCGGCGGAGGAGGCGGCGGACGUGGCGGAUGGCAAGGUCGCCCCCGCCAACGGCAUCAGCGCCGCGGACUGGCGCACUCUGGCGCGGGAGUCCUUCCCGUCCUCCGCCUCCAACGAGUACCGCCACCUGAGGCUGGCGGACUUCAGCGACGCCGUCAACGCACUGCCCAGGGAGGAGGUUGAGGCUGCGGUCCAGGGAGGGGGAGCCAUGCAGGACGUGGAGGAGGCGCUGGCGGAGCUACAGGAGCAAAUGAUCCUGGCAGCGCAGCAGCGACCACAACAAGCCAACGGCGGCGGCGGACCCCCGGCCAUGACCGACGAGCAGCUUCGAGGAGCCAAUCCGUUACUGCUGCUGCUGCGCUCGCUGUUACCCUGGGUGAACGCGGGACAGCAACCGGACUAUGCAGCGGAGGAUGCAGCAGCGGCCCCGGCAGGGGCGCCCGCAGGAGGCGCUGCUGUACGGCAGCAGCAGCCGCAGCAGCAACUAGAAUAUGACGAAGACGACGGCCAUUUGGAUGACGAGGAGGGUGUCGUGCGGCAAGUGCGGCGGUGAAGUGCAUGUGGCCGAUUUGACGCAUGGAUAUGUUGAUAGAUGGCGGACAAACGCUGGUGGAUUGACGCAACGCUAUGCGCGUUGUGUCCUUUGCAGGUCUCGUGGUUGGGGCCGUGUGCUUCUUCGCUCUGGCUUUCCUUGCGGAAGUGGAACACAAGAAUUCAUACAUUGUUGUAAACUCAACUCGU